AUGUGGCUCUACCGGGGCGCGCAGUCCGCGGUUUUCUACUACGCCACUUGUACACCAUGUGCUGAGAGCAGAGAUCGCCGGAAGCGCAGGAAGGAAGCGGCGCGAGCACAGAGAGAGAAGGAGAAAUUGGAAAGGGAAUUCGUCACCGACCAACCUCGCCCAUUUACUCAGCCAACCCCGUUCAGCACCAAUGAAGGGUGGCGCGAGGAGAUCGUCCUGGGCCCAGGUCCUCCGGCUCGACGAGGUGGAAACCGCAACGUGCGCACGAAUAGCUGGACCACCGAGAACACCGACCAGGAUUCGCAAGAGAAGAAGGACAAGGGUGGCGGUCUGAUGCAACCGCUCGGUGAGCGGUGGAAGUCUAUGCGAUACCAGCGCGAGGACGAGCCGCUCUGGGGCCAGGAAGUACGCGGGUCGUCGAUUGGCUUCUCCGGUCGUGGUCGUGCCGACCGUAACGAACCCUCCAAAUAUUAUACUGCACGAGCACCCCCUGUCAACGAUCUGCAUCCGCCGAUCGUAAGUGGGCCAUGUAGUCGCGCCGAAACCCGCUGGAUGCUUCAACCACCACCCAGUGCGCGAGUCAUGGCCGGAAAGCAGCAUUUCGACGAAUCUCCACGCGAUAGUGUCGGUGGACUCUUCAGCGAUCGUUCCUCUCGCGCCGCCCAGAGCGGUGCCAACUGUGAGGAGAACGACACGACCCGGAUCAGCAAUGGUUAUGCCAAUGGAGCCUUUGACGAAGAUUUCAUUCACGAGGAAUUGCCACGCCGGCCAUCCGCUACUCGAGUGCGUGGGCGCUCCGAUAGCACUGGCUCUGCUGAUCUUGACUAUGCGCGGCAUUCUCGAUCCGACUCCAUGUUCUCCGUCGCCAACACCGAUGAGCAGUCCCUCAGCGCGUCCUGGAAGUAUCCAGAUACUCCCACGACGCGCCCAGUCUCCAAAUCAACCGAAACCAGCGAAAAUAAUUGUUCGCGCCCGCAAAUCUCAAGGACUCUUUCUAACCUGCACCGGGAACCUAAACCCAAAGUCCAUCUACUACAAUUAGAGAUCAACGAUCAUAACCGCGAUGAUGUCGGGGUCGGCGAGCUAGAGCGCAUCCGUCCCUGGCGCUGGAGCAUGGACAUCUAA